AUGAUGGCCACGCGAGCCUUUGCCGUUGUGGCAGCGGCUCGUUCGCUUGUGCUGCGGCGCUCGUUUCACACUUCUAGAGGCGUGAAUCAUGCUACGCCAGUGUCUGUUGUGAACCUAGAUCGUGAUGCACCUCGGGGUCAUCUUCCUAGUUUUGUGCGUCUUCACCCUGCCCUUUGGGCAUCAUUAAAGUCUCAGACUCCGUCUGCUAUCGCAGCUCUUGGAUCUCGAUUCCACCUUAUUACUCCUAAUAUGCCCGAGGAUGAAUUCGACAGACGCGUGGCUCUUUUACGCGUGGCUUGCACGCAUCCCAGCGUGCUCUCUGUCCAAGAGACGGCUUUCUCCUUGCCCAUGUCGGUACAAGAACGGAAACAAGUACCAGAACUGCAUGAGAAUAUUGAACAUAAUGCUCAACUUGCCACGCUGGGCAACAGCCUACUUGGCAUGAUCUCUGCUGAGUUUUUUCACUUAAAAUUCCCCCACCUCCCGACCCGCGUUUUAAAGGCCUUUGUCAGUGCUUUUGUUGGACCCAGCACUUUGGCGGAUGUAGGAUCUGAGAUGGGUAUCUUGUCACAGGGUGUUCAACGUUGGGAUCGGACUGGCUCGUCGUCCCUGGUUCGACGCACCCCCCGUGGCGGCACUACUACCGUUCCCCUCCUCAGUAAGGAUGUGGCUGCGCAAUCUGUGCGAGCACUUGUAGCAGUGAUGUUCCAGGAGCUUGGGAUGGCAGCUACCCGUGGUUUCAUCCACAGUUACCUCCUCAGCCGCCGUCUCGACCUGGCUUUGCUGCUUAAAUUUCACGAUCCUAAGCGCGUGCUGUCUGCCACCUGUAAAAAGUAUGGGAAGCCAGUGCCCCAGAGCCGAAUGAUUGCAGAAACGGGUCGGCUCAGCAUCAACCCUGUAUUUGUUGUCGGUGUGUACAGUGGCGCCGUAAAACUGGGCGAAGGCACAGGCAGCAGCAUUCGCAUGGCUGAAUACCGUGCAGCUGAGGACGCGCUUCGGCGACUGUACCUGUCUGAAAAGCCGGACGACUCAUUUACCCUUCCAUCAACCACUCUGGAUGACACAUUCUCGGGCCAGGCGCCUCUGCCCCACUCUCUAAAAAUGGCUGCCUCUCGCACGAUGGCACCGGUGCAUGUGCCCCAGCCACUGGGUCGAAGUGAAGUUUUGCACGAAUCUCGCGGAUGA